AUGGCCCAGGAUCCUGUCGUCCUCUCAAAGGAGGAUCUGGACACUCGUAAUGCAAAGUGGGUGAGUCUGAAGAAAAUCAAGUGGAAAGACAGCGAAGGCAAGGAGAGAGCAUGGGAGGUCGCAGAGAGAAGGACCAGGGGAUCGACGGACGUAGACGCAGUCGCCAUCCUGGCUCUCAUUCGGUCCAAGACCCGAGCCUUCCCUGUCUCGACUGUGAUUAUAGAGCAAUAUCGCCCUCCCAUCGGCAAAUUUAUCGUUGAACUUCCGGCUGGCCUUAUUGACAACGGCGAGACAGCCGAACAAGCAGCCAUCCGGGAAUUGAAGGAAGAGACGGGAUAUGUAGCAGACAGCGUUGUCGAUAUGACGGCAGUCCUAGCUACAGAUCCUGGCAUGACGACAGCCAACAUGAAGCUAGUCACUCUCAAUGUCGUCUUUCUAGGCAAGCUCGAAACACCGGAUCAAAAGCUCGAUGACGGAGAAGCAAUAGUCCGACGCGUUGUGGAACUGAAAGGCUUAUACAAGGAGCUGAAAGGUAGCUUCAGACUCGGUUUCGUCGUUGAUGCUCGCUUGUUCCACUUCGCCGCUGGCUUCGAGCUUGCUCAUCAAGUCAAUGACGAGACCGUGUAG